UAAAAAAAUAUUUCAAGUUUUAAUUAAAAAAAAACCCACAAAAUUUUUCUCUAAACUGGGUAAAUGCUCUGCUGGCAAACAGAAGAUAAUUAUAUUAAUAAAGUUUAUCCAUUUCCAUUUGCUCCAGCUACACUUAAACGAGUACUACAGCAAUCCAAUAUACCAUUGCCAUGGCACGAGAGUAGUUUACCACCACCUUUACAACCAGGAAAUCCUCCAACGAACGUAACUAAUACCGUAGGAUAUAAUUAUAAGACUGCACGUGCACAUCCAUGGAGGCCAACAUUGGCUUAUGAAAUGUGUGAUACUGUCCCGGAUGAUGUAAAUGCUAAUGAUAUUAUUGCUCCAACAUUUGUACCACAAGGAAUGCAAACUAACGCCGUAUCAUACCCGAAUUUAGUUUCGGGUUAUCAAAAUAAUCCUCAACAUGCCGCAAAAGCUGCACUUUAUACAAGAUUUACACCCGGCGAAUGGGUUAAUAAUAAUUUGUCAAGAUUUUCUGAAUCCAAUGUUAACCGAAAUCUUUCAGAACGAUUACGAAGUGAAGCAGUUCGUGCUAUGCGCGAAACUGAUGAAAAAACUUCUCAAUCACAAAGAGAUGCUGGUAGACGUCUUGGUGAACGUAUUACUGAUACAACAUUUUGGCGAAAUGAAUUGAAUACUGAAUUGGAAAAAUUAAUUCAGGAGCUUGCUGUUUUAAAUGAAUGUAAAAGAAAUGUUGCUAAAGCUCUCCAAGAUACUGAAGCCCCAUUACAUAUUACUCAAGAAUGUCUAUAUCAUCGUGAAGGUCGACAAGAAAUAGAAAAAGUUCAUGAUCAUGUUGAAAAGAGAUUACUUCUAGAAGUUGAUAAUUUACGAAACUGUCAGCAAAAAUUAAGAUUACUUUAUGAAAAGUGUUGUAUACAAAUUCAAGAUUGCAGAGCAGCUCAACAUUCUUUAGAAGAUGAUAUUGCUCAUAAAGAGUCAACGCUUGGUAUCGAUUCAGUUUGUCAUCGUUUAAAUAAUUUCAGUCGCGGAAUAAAUUACUUUUCGGGUAUCGAAAAAAUUGAUCCAACUGUUAGUAGUAUGGAAUCAUGGGCAAUGUCAAGUAGUAAUCGUAUAAAUAGAUCACAAACAGAACGAACUAAGAGUACUCAGUUACGAAGUGAAGCUGAAACUACAAUAAAUGCAGUUGCAACAGCCGUUUGGGAUCAUUGGUGUAAUACAAAUAGUUCAUUGGAACGUCGUAGUGCUGAAACUGCUGAAGCAAAAAGUCGUAUUCAAUUACAUUUACAUAAAACAAUUCAAGAAAUAUUUGAUAUGGAAAAACAUAUUGCAAUGUUAAAAAAAGCAAUAGAAGACAAGGCAAAUCCAAUGAAAGUAGCUCAAACACGUUUAGAGGCAAGAUCACACCGCGACGGUAUAGAAUUGUGCAAAGAUUUUGCUCAUAUGAGAUUGGUACAAGAAGUAUUAGAAAUUCAAGAUUCUGUACAAAAUUUACACCGAAAAUUACAAGAUUCUGAAAGUCAACAUCAACAGUUGUUGAAAACGAAAGCUAAUUUGGAAUUGGAUUUGAAAAGGAAGAACAAUGCCCUUCAUAUUGAUAGAGAAAAAUGUAUGGGCAUAAGAAGAUCAUUCCCAGUCAACAAUAUUAUAAAAUGUUAA